CCUGUUGCGGAGAGUUUUCGGGUUCUGUUAGAUCUGAGGUGUCCUCAGUCUGUUAGCGAAUGGUAGAACUGAAUGGGUUUGGUGUUUAUGGAAGACAAUAAUACUCGGCUACAAGUGAUCGCCGAAGAAAAGAAGAAGAUUUUAACAGUUGAAAAAUAUCUUUGCUACUGUAAUGCUUGUACCCGGUCAGGGAAUGAAAUCUCUUGGCCGAGACUUCACAGAGUUUGUGAGUCAUCUUGAAAACAACUUCUGUUAUUGUCCACCCACUUCUUCCGAGAGAGAAAGGAAGAAAACUCUUGCUAAAUCAUUUGAAUGCAGUUGACCGAGGUCUCAUCACCCAAGUAUCUGCGCAGCUCGAAAGCACGAUCACAGUUUAGUUUGUUUUCUGAAACCCAAAUAUAGAUUCAUUUUUGGUUUAAUGGAGCAACGUGGCCAUAGAUCUGGGAUCCUGUGAAGCGGGUGAGACUGGGAAAGACAAAUCCCGCCUACUGCUAAACUUCAAGUGAAAUCGGGACGCCGCCAUUGGCCUUGACUCUGAGGAAUGACAACCCCCAUCUCGUCAUCGUUGCAGGGGCUGAUGGGAUUUGUAGUUCUUCCAAGCUCCGGGAUCAAAAUGGCGUCUCUUUCGUGAGGCAAGAGCUGGGAAAUCAGGACUAUAUAUUGUCAGCCCUUCUUUCCUUAAAAGAUGCGUGUGACAGAACUCUCUCGUUCAUUUAUGGGUUAAUGUUGUACACUGCCCUUCCUUGUUAAUCCCCCAGGAUGGUUUACAUCAAUUUUUUAAUUUAUUUUUUAAAUGGAGGGAGCCAGCCUGUGGGAACGAAGCAGAGAGAAGCCCUCUCUCCUUCUUUUACCUCACAGAAGUGACCGUUGGGUCACGUGCCGCGCCUUAGUUACUGCGCGCCUAGCAACCGUUGCCAUGGUAACCACUGGAGUAGUUUCACGCCCAAACCCUUUCUGUGGGGGGCGAGAAGUUGGUUGCCAUUAAGAGAAGGCUUGAAAAACAAAUACCGUUUCCUCACAUUUUAAAUCCCCCCCACCCAAUUUGAAAUAUGUGCGCCCUGGCCUUCCAGCACAUUCAGAGUCGCAGCCAUUAAAAUGGUGGGUUUUAAAACAGGCCCGACUCCUCCCCAUAAUUCCCUCAGAGGCAGGAGCGCCUUAUUUUCCCCGCCUCCUGAGAAACCCAACCAACCGUUAGGCUUCUCACGCUAACUGACAGUGAGCUUGGCUAGUAGGAGUAGAGUAGUGAUACCCUUCUGUUUUGAUUGGGUGGCUGGCAGGGGAGGAGCCUCCUUUGAUUGGAGGAGGAGGAGGCUGGUGUUUGUCCCUUGGAGCUCAGCUGAUCAGCAGCAGGAGGAAGGCUGGUUCUUCCAGGGAGCGGAUUGGACGCCUCUGUGCCCCUUUACUCUGGAGUAGGCCCACUGAGCUCUGUGGGAGUGGAUCCAAAGGGAGCUUGAGCCUUGGGAGGCGCUCCUGGUUUCGCAGCCCUCUGGGUGUCUACUCGGAAGUAAGUCCCAUGGCGUUCCCUGGGGGUUACUCCCAGGUAAGUGGGCAUGGGGUGGGGAGAAUCCGCUGGGAGCAGGCCCUAUGGAAACUUCGCAGGGCUCACCUCUUGAGUAGACCUCCCUCCCAUCCAUACAUUGAAAGUGCUGUGAUGAUAAUCAUUUAUAAUAAUAAUUUAUUAUUUAUACCCCACCCAUCUGGCUGGGUUUCCCCAGCCAUUCUGGGCGGCUUCCAACAAAAAUUAAAAAUACAUUAAAAUGUCACACAAUAAAACCUUCCCUGAACAGGGCUUUGAACAGCCAUUUGUUCUUGUUUAGUCGUGUCCGACUCUUCGUGACCCCCUGGACCAGAGCACGCCAGGCACUCCUGUCUUCCACUGCCUCCCGCAGUUUGGUCAAACUCAUGCUGGUAGCUUUGAGAACACUGUCCCACCAUCUCGUCCUCUGUCCUCCCCUUCUCCUUGUGACCUCCAUCUUUCCCAACAUCAGGGUCUUUUCCAGGGAGUCUUCUUCUCUUCUCAUGAGGUGGCCAAAGUCUUGGAGCCUCAGCUUCAGGAUCUGUCCUUCCAGUGAGCACUCAGGGCUGAUUUCCUUAAGAAUGGAGAGGUUGGAUCUUCUUGCAGUCCAUGGGACUCUCAAGAGUCUCCUCCAGCACCAGAAUUCAAAAGCAUCAAUUCUAAGGCAAUCAGCCUUCUUUAUGGUCCAGCUCUCACUUCCAUACAUCAUUACUGGGAAAACCAUGGCUUUAACUAUACGGGCCUUUGUUGGCAAGGUGAUGUCUCUGCUUUUUAACAUGCUGUCUAGGUUUGUCAUUGCUUUUCUCCCAAAAGGAUUCUGGGAGCUGUAGUUUCUUAAGUUGCUGAGAGUCCUUAGGAGACCCCCCCCCCUUCCAAUCCCUCCCUUUCCCUUCUUAGAGCUACAGUUCCCAGGGUGGUUUAACAGUCAAUCUCUCUUGCUAGGGAACUCUGUGGAUGGCUGCUCUGAGAAGGGACUGGGGCGUGGUGGUCUCCUAACAGCUCUUGGCAAACUACAGUUCCCAGGAUUUUUUAGGAGAAGCCACAAAUGUUUAUAAAGUUGUGCGAUGAUUCGUUCAGUGUAUGGUUCAGAUGCAGGGCCUUAGCAUCAAGAGCAGGCAGAGGCAAACUCCGGCCCUCCAGAUGCUUGUGACUACAAUUCCCAUCAUUCCUGACCACUGGUCCUGCUAGCUAGGGAUGAUGGGAAUUGUAGUCCCAAAUAUCUGGAGGGGCGGAGUUUGCCUACGCCUGGUCAAGAGGUAGCGGAGGUAGUUUUGAGAGUGCCAUUGCUGUUAUUGGGUAAAGGGAUAGCGCACCUUAGGGCGUUCCAGGGAGAAAGAACAGAUCUUUCUUUGGAAUGGAUGAACACUUUCCACCAUCUAAACAGCCACUUGCCAUUCACACUCAAGGUCCUGAACUCCAAAACUCCUGUUCGAAUCCUUGCCACCAUGCCAAGGAGGAAGUCCCUUUCCUGAGUCCUCCCUCCGAGCUUCAAAUAACUCACACAUAGGCACCGAACGGGUUAUCGGGCUUUAUUGGCAUAUUUUCUGUCACCAGCUACAGACGUCAAAUGGCAGUCUGAUCUAUGGCAUGUUCUCUCCUCCCCUCGGCAGGUUAACUCGAAGAUUUAUACCCUGUUUCCCCGAAAAUAAGACAGUGUCUUAUAUUAAUUUUUGCUCCCGAAGAUGCGCUAGGUCUUACUUUCAGGGAAAGACGGUGCAGUAAUUGUGAGUCAGCCAGACUCCGUCAGGGCAGCAGGCGGCAGCUUGUCCUGGUGGCAGCAUGGGCUCUCUGAUUUAAAGAGACCUUGCACUGCCUGAACAGCUCCGGCUGCGCUACGGCCAGUGAGCUGCGCGGCGGCGUCUGCCACUAUGGUCCAGAGGAGUCAGAUGUCUUAUGGUAGCUUCAGGGGCCUUAUGUUCGGGCGAGGCCCUAUUAUUGGGGAGGUCUUAUUUUCAGGGGGAUGCCUUAUAUUACAGCGAGAGGCAAAACUGGAAGUACCGUAUUUUUUGCUCUAUAAGACUCACUUUUCCCCUCCUAAAAAGUAAGGGGAAAUGUGUGUGCGUCUUAUGGAGCGAAUGCAGGCUGCGCAGCUAUCCCAGAAGCCAGAACAGCAAGAGGGAUUGCUGCUUUCACUGCACAGCGAUCCCUCUUGCUGUUCUGGCUUCUGAGAGUCAGAAUAUUUUUUUCCUUGUUUUCCUCCUCCAAAAACUAGGUGCGUCUUGUGGUCUGGUGCGUCUUAUAGAGCGAAAAAUACGGUAGGUCUUAUUUUCGGGGGAUGUCUUAUUUUCGGGGGAGAGACGGUAGGGGCUGGGGAAUGCUGGCAGCCAGCCCGCCCCAUCAUCUGCUCCCACUUUGGGGACUACAGUGGUACCUCGGGUUAAGUAUUUAAUUCGUUCCAGAGGUCCGUUCUUAACCUGAUACUGUUCUUAACCUGAAGCACCACUUUAGCUAAUGGGGCCUCCUGCUGCUGCCGUGCCGCCGGAGCACAAUUUCUGUUCUCAUCCUGAAGCAAAGUUCUUAACCCGAGGUACUAUUUCUGGGUUAGUGGAGUCUGGAACCUGAAGCAUAUGUAACCUGAAGUGUAUGUAACCCGAGGUACCACUGUAAUUGUUAACCACCUGCCUGAGGGGCCCCACCCAUCGAUACUUGCUCGCAGAAUCACUACUUCAUGACAGUAGUUAAGGAGUGAGGAAUGAAGGCUGGUAUAGGCUAUAUGAGGCUUUGGCAUAUGCAUUCAUUGUACUGUGUACGUGUACAAAUGGGAGCAGAUAUAUAUUUUAUUUAUUUUUGUUUGGCAUUCUUUAUCUCCCGCUUAAUCCAAGAUCUGUAUAUGCAUAAAAUAAAGCUAAAAAAAAAGUAGACGUAAAACGUAUUCACCAUUUAUAUAUCUGUUUUCAGAUAGCAUGAAAACAUCUCCCCCCUCCAGCUCUCCUUCUUCUAGGGGUGGAGGAAUGAAAUGAAAACCUGUUUCAUUUAAACAGCAAAACAUUAUUAAACCCAGCCCUGGACAAAUGAACGUCACUAUCCUGCGUGACAAUUUAAACUCCAAAGGAUGUUCUAAAAAGAUGUGUUCAAAGCUAGUUUAAAAGAGACCAGAUUUUAAUAGUGUUCUGACAGAUAUAGGAUUCAACAAGCAUAGCUAUUGCCACUGUCACAUCUCUGAACUGGGAGAAAACUGUACUUGAUUUUUAAAAGCACUCAUGCAAAAGUUUAAAGCACGAAAGCUUUUUGGAGAGGAGGAAGAGACGACGACUUUAGAACAAAAUUACAGUUAACAAAAAAGACUCUUAUUUAUACCACAGCUGGUGGGAAAUAGAUGACAUCAAAUCUCUUGUGCAAUCACUAGCUUUUUGGGUGUGUGUGUGUGCGUGUGGGUGUUUUCCAUUAAUUUCUCCCUGCCUUGAAGCAUACCGUAUUUUUUGCUCUAUAAGACUCACUUUUUCACUCCUAAAAAGUAAGGGGAAAUGUGUGUGCGUCUUAUGGAGCGAAUGCAGGCUGCGCAGCUAUCCCAGAAGCCAGAACAGCAAGAGGGAUUGCUGCUUUCACUGCGCAGCGAUCCCUCUUGCUGUUCUGGCUUCUGAGAUUCAGAAUAUUUUUUUCCUUGUUUUCUUCCUCCCAAAACCAGGUGCGUCUUGUGGUCUGUUGCGUCUUAUAGAGCAAAAUAUACGGUAUUUGGCUUUAAGAAGGAAAGUUGACAGACCACGUAUACUGUUUUCUCCCCAGAAUUGACAUCCCAUCUUUGGAAAGAUCGUCUGGGGCUUUCGCAGCUCUGUACUGACUCCAAAAUGGAUAUCGGAGGUGGUGGCUGUGGCCGGAUCCCAUACGAUGACUAUCCCGUGGUGUUUCUGCCUCCCUACGAGAGCCCUCCCACCUGGAUCCCUCCUCAUGAGGUGUGUAUCUAAAAGAUCCCUGGGUCAUUAAGAAAGCCUGGCCGCUGUUGUCCAUGUGCUGGUAACCCCCAGCAUAGACUACUGCAGUGCACGUCUUGUGGGACCUGCUUCGGGCAUUGUCCUGGAAGCUAGUGCAAACUCCAGCAGCUUAACUGCUCACCCGGUCAGACUAUCUCCAUCAUGUUACACUGCUUUUGAAUUAAUUCCCCUAGGUGCCAAUUAGCUACCAGGAUAUUUUAUUUUUGUUUUGAAUUGUUGUAGCAGAAGAGCUUAUUCUAUCUUGGUUCGAUAAUAACAUUGAUUACUUUCGGUUACAUAGACAUAACAAGAGAAAAUUGACAAUAGGCUAAAGGGUUAGAGACUCGGGCGAAAGCACAAGAAUAUAGAACAUUAAGUAGAACAAAUCAUCGCUUCAGGAUUAAGUAAUUAGAAAUCCAUGCUUCAUAAGCAUGUUAUUUGACUGCCUCAGAAGGCUCUUCCAUCUGAAUUUCUUAGUAAUUAUAUGUAGCAGUUUCCAAUAUCAUUAUUUCAGCUACCAGGCUAUUUUAAAGAUGUUGGAACUGGUGUACAAAGCACUAUACAUCUUGGGACAAGAAUAGUUUAAAAUAUCUAUUCACUCCAUAUCCCCCCAAAUUGAUCACUGCUCUCUGCAGCAGAGGGUCUCUUGCAGAUAAUCUCAUCAGGAAACCUGGGGAAACCCAGCCAGAUUGGUGGGGAUAUAACCACAACAACAACAACAACAAAUUAUUAUUACCACCUUCCUCUUUCAACAAGAUGGCUCAAUGGAGAUUCCCCCCCUCCCCAGACUGUAUCUCCUGGAUUCCAAAGCAUUUUUAUAUAUGAAAUCAUUUAUUUAUUUAUUAUAUUGUUGCUGUUCGUAUUGUUAAAUCACUUUGGUAUAUUAUAUAAUCCAUACUGGUAGGAGCUGAUUAGAGUUGGGCGUUGGCUGACCCUCUUCUACAGUGCUGAUGUCUGGUUGUAAGGUUUUAAAAGAGAUCCAAGUUGCUUAAAAUGUUUUUCUUAUUCUUCUUGGGGCAGCACUAGGCCAUGGAAUGCUAUGAUGAACCCCAAGAAGUUUCUGAUUUCCACAAUGAAAUUCACCUUGCCAUUUUUUUAUUUUGUAUCUUGCUUUCCCCCGCUAGAGAAUUUACCAUUCGGAUUAUAACAAUGAGCUGACCCAAUUCCUGCCUCGUACCAUUGUGCUGAAAAAACCUCCAGGGGCACAGGUGAGUCUUGGCCCACUCUCAGGGGACUUGCGGAAAAAGGGGAAUACAAGGGUGUGAGAGGUUUUCUCAGCUGGGAUUGUAGGCUUGUCAACUGAGGCCCUCCACACCAGGCUUGGAAAACAUGAGGUCCUGUGGACUUUUUUGGACUCCAUCUCCCAUCAGCCCCAGUCAGCACGGGCAAUGGUCAGGAAUGAUGGGAGUUGUAGUCUGAAACAUCUGGAGGAUAGCUAUCCUUAGAGGGGAUUCUCUGCAUUUGUAACCUGCCCUGUGUUUUACAAAUUUUAUUUUAUCUAUCUGGCCAUUGAUAGCAGUUCCUCUCUUUCAUGGGGUCAUUGUGGGUUGCAGUAAAAAUGCAAUGAUGACGUAGACCUCUGUCACCCAAAGGUCUGUUGCAGAAAUAACAGUCUGGAAGAAGACAGUACAGUGGUACCUCGGGUUAAGUACUUAAUUCGUUCCGGAGGUCUGUUCUUAACCUGAAACUGUUCUUAACCUGAAGCACCACUUUAGCUAAUGGGGCCUCCCGCUGCUGCCGUGCUGCCAGAGCAUGAUUUCUGUUCUUAUCCUGAAGCAUAGUUCUUAACCUGAAGCACUAUUUCUGGGUUAGUGGAGUGUGUAACCUGAAGCCUAUGUAACCUGAGGUACCACUGUAUUCAGGAACAAUCUAUAUGUUGAACUGCCAAAUCUCCAACUCAAUUCUGUUUCCUUUCUAGCUGGGCUUCAAUAUUCGAGGAGGAAAAGCAUCACAACUGGGGAUCUUCAUCUCUAAGGUGCGUUGAUCUUUAGUCCUGACCUCAUGGCUGCCUAGUUCUGUUGACAUGCAAAUUAAUUGUGUUUUUUGGUCAUUUUUUUAAAAAAGCAUUUUACUAUGAUCUUCAGCUGAGAAGGCUCCCAGAGCAUUUUAUGUAAGAUCACAAAACAAGGGAGUCCCUGCCCACAGAUUUGCAAUAUAAAAGGCAUGAUGCAAAAGGGAAAGGGGUUGAAGAGGGCAGAGGAAAAAGUAAAACUCAUUCACCAGUUCUUAUUAUAUGUUGCACUUGUCAAAUGACCUGCAGUUUCAUCCUAUGAGUAUUUUUGUUUAAGUUAGCAUAUAAAAUUAUAGAAAAACACCCCUUCUAAUCUGAUUAGAAUUAAUUUCAAUAAAGCAUAAAAUAUGUCUAUUCAUUUGCCAAAUUACUUGAUGAGAUUCACUUUCUCUAUGAAGAAUAUCUAUCAGUUAUUAUGCCUGUUUCCUUGGAAGCAUAUGCCACAUACUUCAGUCUUGCUUAUUACCAAACAAACAGGCUGAGGAUUGCAGCUUUAAAUGAUUAUUUCUGGUAAAUGACUUAGGCGUUUCAUACAGAUCUUGGUUAAAAAAUAAAUCUAAAAUAACCCUACCUUAUCACACGACUUAGAUAAAAGAGGAAUGGUUGGAUUUAAAAACAGAACCAUUUAUUUCAGUCUAGCUGCUAUGAGCUUGAUUUGCAGGUUUUCAAAAUAAAAAUGAAGGGAAGAAUCCUGCCUGCCCCUCCCAGCAGCCUCAGGGUUCAUUUUUGUGCCUUUGUCCUAAACCUUUUCCUUCUGCUGUUUCAUUACAACUGGCAAGGAGACCAGCAGCUCAGUCCUUCCUCUGUUGUAAGCAAGUUUUGCUCAUUUCAACGGAGCUUCGCCUUGAGUUUCUAUCCAUCGGAUUCAUAGACUCAUAGAGGUGGAAGGGACCCUGCAAUACAUGAAUCUCAACAUGCAGUUCCUCAUCCAGUUUGAAACCACACCAGACCCUGCUGAGCUUCACAAAUAUGCCAGCAGUUUUAUCGCCGCACCAUUUGGGGACUGAAAGGUUUGGAAGUGGCAGAGCGCAGGGCAGUGAGUUGUGUGACAGGAUGGGGCCAGCUUCCCCAAGAUGCCAAGGGCGCAUUUGCAGCUCCUGGCCUCUGUCUGAAUGGCGGUCUUGCCUCUCCUGAUCCCAGGUGAUCCCGGAUUCAGAUGCCCAUCGAGCUGGAUUGCAGGAAGGAGAUCAAGUGCUGGCAGUUAAUGACGUCGACUUCCAGGAUAUUGAGCACAGCAAGGUGAGAGGGGGGAAAUGAUGAACCAGAGGCCUGCAUGGAGCAGCCACAGGAUGUGGUCUGAAGGCUCAUGGUGUAUCAGCCUUGCUGAAGCAAAGCUGGUUUAGGGAAGUGCCUGGAAGGGAGACGGCCUUGAAAUCCUUUAUGUGGGAUGCCUUCUACAAUGGGAAGGAAGGGCAGAUCCUGAAUAGGGUAACUGUGCCCCUGAAGGACCAGGUGCGCAGCCUGGGAGUCAUUUUGGACUCACAGCUGUCCAUGGAGGCGCAGGUCAAUUCUGUGCCCAGGGCAGCUGUCUACCAGCUCCACCUGGUACGCAGGAUGAGACCCUUCCUGCCCGCAGACUGUCUCGCCACAGUGGUGCAUGCUCUGGUUAUCUCCCGCUUGGACUACUGCAAUGCGCUCUAUGUGGGGCUACCUUUGAAGGUGACCCGGAAACUGCAAUUAAUCCAGAAUGCGGCAGCUAGACUGGUGACUGGGAGCGGCCGCCGAGACCAUAGAACACCAGUCCUGAAAGAUCUGCAUCGGCUCCCAGUACGUUUCCGAGCACAAUUCAAAGUGUUGGUGCUGCUGACCUUGAAAGCCCUAAAUGGCCCUGUAUACCUGAAGGAGUGUCUCCACCCCCAUCAUCCAGCCCGGACACUGAGGUCCAGUGCUGAGGGCUUUCUUCACUGCAAGAAGUGAGGUUACAGGGAACCAGGCAGAGGGCCUUCUCGGUAGUGGCACCUGCCUUGUGGAACACCCUUCCAGCAGAUGUCAAGGCAAUAAACAACUAUUUUACUUUUAAAAGACAACUGAAGGCGGCCCUGUUUAGGGAAGUUUUUAAUGUCUGAUUCUGUAUUGUUUUUAGUAUUCAGUUGGAAGCCGCCCAGAGUGGCUGGGGAAACCCAGCCAGAUGGGCGGGGUAUAAAUAAUUUAUUAUUAUUAUUAUUAUUAUUAUUAUUAUUAAUAAUAAUAAUAAAUCAAUGAUUCAACCCAGUGUGAUGCCCUUCUUUGUUUAGAUGUUCAUCUGCUGUUUUUCCCCUGCCCCUACAGGCUGUGGAGAUCUUGAAAACUGCUCGGGAGAUCAUUAUGAGAGUCAGAUUCUUCCCAUAUAGUAAGUGCUGUUGCCGCCACCACUGCUACUGCUCUUUGCAAAAUCUUUGACCUGUUUGAAAGAGACUGUUUGUCAGGUGAACUGGGACCCACUGCAUCCAUGAAAGAGGAGAGGAAAAAUAAUGUGCUCCUCUAUUAUACAAAUCCAAAAUAUGAAACACACACACACACACAUAUGUAUUUUAAAAUAGUGUAGAGUUUCGUAACAUCAUUAUAGAUGGCUUAAAAGGGGUAUUUAUUAGACAAAUUCCUGGAGGAGAGGUCUGUCUGUGGCAGUGAUGGCUGAAUGAAACCUCCAGCUUCAGGGCUAGUCUACCUUUUGAACACCAGUUGCUGGGGGACAACUGUGGGAGGAGAGCUGUUGCCUUCAUGCCAACAUUGUGGGCAUGAGAAACAGGAUCCUGAACUUGAAGGGCUUACGUCUAGGAACGCAGUCUUUAUGUUCUGCCACUCACACUUUUUCUCCUAUUCCCCUUCCAGACUACCAGAGGCAGAAGGAGCGAACGGUUCACUAGAAAUCCCUUCCCAGCUGGCAGCCUUCUCUUUGCAGAGAGUUCACCACCCUUCAGCCAGAUUCUUCUUUCCGUGUUUACUCCCGCUCCAAAGCCUUUUCCUUCGGCAAAUGCCUGCUUGGGGGUGUCGAGGGGGCGUCAUUUGUGACGCAGAAACCUCCCCUUUUUGGCUGGAUUCCAUAGAUCCAAUUACCUACUGAGAAGGAUGUCUUUAAAGUUUUCUUCUGCUUUGUGCUGUGAAGCAAGAAGCAGUAGGAGCCGGAUGCAGGGCUUCAGCCAGUUCCCUGGUCCGAGGAAAAAUGGAUGUCAGUUUGCAGAUAAAGCUGCUACCUGUUUUCAUUCAUCCCCAGGCCCAGAAGGACAUUCUCUUCCAAUCAUUUGAUACCUUCAUAGCUCUCAGAAAGAGGAGGGACAGAAAGCAUCGGGUCCCAGAGGAGCAAACGGAAUGCUUCUGAGCUGGUCUCCUUUUUGAAUCAGAGAUGGGCCUGCGGUGGUGAUUUGGGGCGUAAUCCACUGUAAAUAUCUGCACGAAAGCAUGCUGAAAUGAAGGGGAUUUAUUUCGUCAUUGUGCUAAAGCUGGUGCAAGGGCUGGGGCUUUGAUAUAUGUCUGCCUCUUCUAUAUGAAGGCUCGGGCUUAAGAACCAAUGUUGGUUUGCAUGUCAUGGGAUAUGGCUUUAGUAGGAUCAUUAAUACUUAUCAUUAAAAUGCUGGAAGGAGUUUGCUUUAUACACAAAGCAAGCUCCUGGUUUUCAUGCACAAGGAGUGGAUUCUUCUUUUCUGGAAACAGUAAUACCAGGGGGAUCUUGCAUGUGAUGGUGGGGUAUCUGCAAAGCAUAGAUGCCUUGCCUUUCCCCAAAUCUCUCUCGUUACCUGUGUUUCAUCAGUUCUGCUUUUUAUUUAGAAUACCCUUAAUGAACACUCAGGCUGUCUUAGGCCACAUUUAAUGCACUAUAAUAUAGUGGUACCUCGGGUUAAGUACUUAAUUCGUUCCGGAGGUCCGUACUUAACCUGAAACUGUUCUUAACCUGAAGCACCACUUUAGCUAAUGGGGCCUCCUGCUGCUGCCGCGCUGCCGGAGCACUAUUUCUGUUCUCAUCCUGAAGCAAAGUUCUUAACCUGAGGUAAUAUUUCUGGGUUAGCUGAGUCUGUAUCCUGAAGCGUCUGUAACCUGAAGUGUAUGUAACCCAAGGUACCACUAUACUGCUUCCCCAAAGAAUCCUGGGAGUUGUAGUUUGUUAAGGCUGCCAAGAGUUGUUAGGAGACCUCCUAGAGCAGGCAUGGCCAAAGUUGGCCCUCCAGAUGUUUUGGGACUAUGACUCCCAUCGCUCUUAGCUAACAGGACCAGUGGUCAAGGAUGAUGGGAAUUGGAGUCCGAAAACAUCUGGAGGCCCAACUUUGGCCAUGCCUGUCCUAGAGCUACAAUAUCUCAGCAUGGUUUAACCACCAAUCCCUCUUCACAUGGGACUCUGGGAAUGGUAGCUCAGGGAGAGGAAUAGGGACCUCCUGACAACUUUCAACACACUUAACAAACUGCAACUCCCAGAAUUACUAUGGCAUCAUAGUGCUUCAAAAUUGUGCUGUGAAUGUGACCGAACACAGGCAAUGAUAAAUCAGUAAAUAAUGUACUGUGCACACACCUAAUUCAUGAGUCAGAAACUUUUUUUAAAAAAGCAACAAAGCUGAACUUUUUCAGAUUUCUGGGCAAAUGAGUGGUACCCUUUUCUCCUCGGUGUGAUCACACCCAUUCCAAGCUGUGGGUAUGUUUGCAGUCCUUAUCUGUCCUGGCAGCCGCAGAUUUGCUUUUGCCUUCUUUGAUGUGAGUAAAGGUAAAAGGUAAAGGGACCCCUGACCAUUGGGUCCAGUUGCGGACAACUCUGGGAUUGCGGCACUCAUCUUGCUUUACUGGCCAAGGGAGCCUGCGUACAUGACUAAGCCGCUUCUGGCUUAGUCCUCUCCCCAAACUGCAGCCUGCUUGGUUCUGUGUGGGGCGAGGUUGUCACAGCAGUGAAACCUGCCUAGAUUUUGUUAGGUGAGCCUUACCACAUGAACCACAUGAACAUUUUCAGGUUUCUGAUGGCAGGAUGUCUUCCCUGCCUCUAGCUGUUUCUGCACAAGGGGAUCAUUAAAAAAAAAAGCAGCAAGAGAAUUUGAUUAACUUGAGCUUCAGCCCCUUAGAGGAAGCGCGGCUAGGGAGUUAAAACACACACAUUCCUCACCUCCAAAGAAUGCUUGCUCAUCAAAACUCUACCUCCUGCCUCAUUAAGUUUGGGUGUGGAUCCGUAUGAAGGAGGACAAGCGUGCUAAUUGUCCAGUUCACAACACUCAAAAUAUUUAUAUAACUCUCUUGAUGUUCUGUAAUGCGUUCUCUUUGAGACUUAUUUUUUCACAACAGAGACAGCAACCUUUUCUUGUCAUUGCUGGAUUCUAUCAGAGGGGUUUUUUUGGGGAGCGGGGAAGUUUCAGUAAAAUGUUACCAUCU